AAAAAAAUAAUAGCUAGGAAGAUGUCGAGCCAAAUGAUAACCGUUUGUCAAAUAUGCUGGAAAAUGACUAACCACAAGACGAAUCCCACUCUAACUACUGCAGAUAAAGUUAAAAAAGACAAAAAUGAUAAACAGAACUGUCAAGUGUGUUGUCAAAUCUGGUCGCCAGUUCAGCUUGUAAAAAACAAUGGUAAAUGGAUAUAUAUCAGACCUCGGCCAGCUAAUGUGCCCGGUGAAUUUAAAAUGUGUGAUAAGAAGGGCAAGUGUAUAAAGGGAGCCUCAUGUACAUUUGCUCACAGUAAAGAGGAAUUAGAGAGUUGGAAUCGGGAGCGUGAAGGACCUCCAAUGCCUGACAAGCCCAGACCUGCUCCACUCAUAUCUGGUAAUAGGUACAUGAUGUGCACGCAUCAUUCUAAUGGUAAGCGCUGCUUAUACGGCGCUGACUGCAAGUUUGCACACUCUCAAGAGGAACUUGACCUCUGGAAUGCUACUAUUGUCACCCGAAGUGGUGACGGUACUCACAACACAUCACGAGCUAAUAGUUUUAGUUUAGACACUACCCCACCGGAGAACAAGCAUUCUAUCACUAGUCCUAUUAGGCAGUACAGCGAUGAAACUAAACGCAUUAUUCCUGGUCUGCACACUAAUACUACUAAACCUUCUUCUAAUAAUAGGACUCGGUUAUCAAGUCUAUCAAGUAACGCCAGUAACACCAGCGAUCACAUGACUAGCUCUAAAAAUCUUCCAGUUAGCUUAACUCUUAGUCAUAAUAACAAGGAGUCUACAAUUACAUCAGUAUUCAGAUGUGAUACAUGUGACUGUACUUGUACUUCUAUGAAACAACUAUUAGAACAUAAAGCUGGAGCAAAGCAUAAACAGAUUGCCAGAUGUAAUAGUUUUCCUGAUGAGCCCACUAUACGACCCCGACCUAUACUCAACUCUAGGGGUAUUCAGGAAUAUUCUAUUUGCAAGUCAGUUAACGAAUCUGGUAGGUGUAAGUUUGGAACAGGUUGUCCUGAAGCUCACAGCUAUGAAGAACUUGAAGCUUGGAACAGUCAACUUAACAAUAGCAUACAGGCUUUAAUUCCUUCCAAAGAAGACGUAAUACCGUUCUUAGAAAAGAUCAGGCGAGAAUUAGACAGCACAGAAUUAACAAUUAGUGAUUUACUGCAACCUAAGUUUGGUAUAUCUAUAGAAGAAGUAUCAGGGACCAGAUUAGAAAUUAACCACACUGGUGCUAGUAAUCUCAAGUGGAUAUUUCGUACUACCGUCAAGGAGAGUUGUCAGCUAUUAGGAAUGAUAAUGUUAGGAGAACAAUACCCCCAGUUCACCUUCACUGCUCUAACUAUAUCCACUGCUACUGUACAUCCAACUACUACUCCCUACGCUAUAGAGGCUAAACAUUCACUGUAUCCUGGCGACAGUUUUACUACACAGGUGGAGUUCAAACAACAAACCGGAUGCUUCCCUCAAGUUGUAGUGUUCAAAUUUAACGGUUUCUUUAUGGGAACCCUGUUAAAAGUAACAAGUAUGUCUGAAGAGAGUUUCGAGUUACAGAACUUACAUCGACACGUGACAGAAACACAGUCUUCAGGCGCAGUAGCAUCUAACUGGGACACAGUAGUGCAAGUUAUAUCUCUUGACGGAGCUGACUUGAAGGAGCGAGACCAGUGUCCUGAUGAGUACCCACUUAGUCCUGACUGUAUCAGAGUGGAGAACCUCUCUCAAAACCUUACUAUGUUGACGUAUAAAAUGCAGUUACACACACUUUUAUAUAUUGAGGAAAUGGAGCGGCAGAAAGUUCUAGCAACCUCUCACCUUCCGAAUAUGGCAUGUGAAGUUACUCCUGGAUACCGGGACGAAUACAUGUAUCACUGUGCCCCGCAAGGUUUCGGAUACCUAACAUUCCUUCUAGACGAUCUCGCAGAUAAUUCUCCCCAACUCAUCAUGCGUAACAAAAUAUGCGAGGUGAAAGCUGCCAAUAGUAAUGUGGCAUACCAAGGAAUAUUGGAGAUGAUAGGCCGUGAGAGUCUGGUGGUCAGAGUUAAGGACGAGUGUGCUAAAUUAUGCAAGAAGGACAAAGCAAGCGUGAGGUUUACCCAAAAACGGAAAGAUUUCAAGUACAUGCACUACGCCAUAGACCACGUCAGUCUGAACUUGAUGUUUCCGGAUUACAGUCCCGAUCGAAGUUCAAAACCAGAGGAACUGGCUAUGUUGUUGGAUAAAACUAAUCUUAACAAGGCCCAAAGAGGAGUUAUAGAGGAUAUAUUAGAUCCCUUCACAUCACAUAUUCCCACUCUGGUAUGUGGACCGUUUGGUACGGGUAAAACUAGCACUUUAGUUGAAGCAGUGUCCAUAUUACUUCAAGUGAACACCAUGUCUAGGAUACUAGUGUGUACUCACAGUAACAGUGCUGCUGACAUCUACAUUGAGAGGCUUGAUAAGAAGUUUGGUUCAGAAUUCCUACGAGGCAAAGUACUCCGUCACUUUUACCACGAGAGAAAACAAACCACCAUCAAACCACUGCUCCUUAAAUACACGUACAUAGUAACUACUAACUACGGAGGGAAGUUUGAGCUUCCUCCACUGCCCCAACUAAAGGAACUAUCCGUGAUAGUCACUACCAUAGAACAGUCUGGAGAUUUAGCUUACUAUCCUGGACUUGAACCUGGACAUUUUACUCAUAUAUUCAUUGACGAGGCAGCUCAGGAAGAAAUUGAUGACAGCGUCUUCUUCUCUGCUGGUCGUUGCCAGGAGAACAAACUCUUAAUGUCUGCCCACUGUUACCUCACGCUCUCACAGACCACCAACUAUUUCCAUUGGGACCUGCACAUCUACAAGAAGAGACGAAACAAUUUAUCUCUUUUGUAUGGGAAGAAUGACAUGAGAUGA